AUGGUCUCCCAAUCUAUCCUCCUGCUCGCUGCCACUGCCGGCCUCGCAUUAGCAGCACCCAUCGAAGCCCCUNNCGAACGUCGCGGCAACCUCCCCGAACCCGUCUCAGCCGCAACAGCCAUCCAAUACCUCUCCUCCAUCAAGGUUGCCGCCGAGUCCAACAGCCCCGCCUACGACAGAGAUCUCUUCAAGCACUGGAUCACCAUCAGCGGCGAGUGCAACACACGUGAGACUGUCCUCAAGCGCGAUGGCACUGGUGUAGUGACUUCCUCUGCUUGCGCCGCUACGUCUGGCUCAUGGUACUCUGAUUAUGAUGGCAAGACGUGGACGGCGGCUUCGGAUGUGGAUAUCGAUCACUUGGUUCCGCUGAAGGAGGCUUGGGUUUCUGGAGCUAAGGAUUGGACGAACGACAGAAGACAGCAGUUUGCCAACGACCUCAACCAGGCCAAGGGUGACCAAGAUCUUGCAGAGUGGUUGCCUCCUCGUGUCGCAUACCAAUGCGAAUAUGUCCGUGCAUGGGUACAGGUCAAGUACUACUACGGCUUGACUAUGGAUAGUGCAGAGAAGGCCGCCGCCAGCAAGGUCCUCACGGGGUGUUAG